AUGGGCUCGCUCGAAACCCCAUCCGCUGCGGAAAACGGUUCCGCUCCUUCCGCCGGCAACGGCAAGUCCAUGUCCGUCGACGGCACGGAGGCGACGCCGGAGCCCGACACGACCAAAAGGCGGAGAUCGUCGGUACUCCCCUUGGAGGUCGGGACGCGCGUCAUGUGCCGAUGGAGGGAUGGCAAGUACCAUCCCGUCAAGGUCAUCGAGCGCCGCAAGGUUCCCAACGCCAUCCCCAGCGAUUACGAGUAUUACGUCCAUUACACCGAGUUCAAUAGAAGACUUGAUGAGUGGGUUAAGCUUGAACAGCUUGAUCUUGAUUCAGUGGAGGCUGUUGUUGAUGAGAAAGUGGAGGAGAAGGGUGCGACUGGCUUGAAGAUGACACGUCACCAAAAAAGGAAGAUUGAUGAGACACAUGUAGAGGGACAUGAGGAGCUUGAUGCUGCCAGUUUGCGGGAACAUGAGGAAUUUACAAAAGUGAAAAAUAUAGCUACCAUUGAGCUUGGAAGAUAUGAGAUUGAGACAUGGUACUUCUCCCCAUUCCCACCAGAAUACAAUGACUGUUUGAAGCUGUACUUUUGUGAGUUUUGCCUCAAUUUCAUGAAGCGCAAAGAACAGCUUCAGAGGCAUAUGAGGAAAUGUGAUCUUAAGCAUCCUCCUGGUGAUGAGAUAUAUAGAAGUGGAACACUGUCAAUGUUUGAGGUUGAUGGAAAAAAGAACAAGGUUUAUGGGCAGAAUCUUUGUUAUUUAGCAAAGUUAUUCCUUGAUCACAAGACCCUCUAUUAUGAUGUAGACCUGUUUCUGUUCUAUGUUUUGUGUGAAUGUGAUGAUCGAGGUUGUCACAUGGUUGGCUAUUUCUCCAAGGAAAAACACUCUGAGGAAUCUUACAAUUUGGCAUGUAUCUUAACCCUUCCACCUUACCAAAGGAAAGGCUAUGGCAAAUUUCUAAUUGCUUUCUCAUAUGAACUGUCCAAGAAGGAGGGCAAAGUUGGCACACCUGAAAGACCCCUUUCAGACCUUGGACUGCUAAGCUACAGAGGAUAUUGGACCAGGGUUCUCUUAGAUAUUCUGAAGAAGCACAAGGGGAACAUUUCAAUAAAGGAACUGAGUGAUAUGACUGCCAUUAAAGCUGAAGAUAUAUUAACCACCCUGCAGAGUCUAGAAUUGAUUCAAUACAGGAAAGGUCAACAUGUGAUCUGCGCAGAUCCCAAAGUGUUGGAUCGCCAUCUUAAAGCUGCUGGGAGGGGGGGCCUGGAGGUUGAUGUUAGCAAAUUGAUCUGGACGCCUUAUAAAGAACAAACUGUAGCUGUUAGAUCCCGCAUGCCUUUUGGGCCUUUGGGCAAUGAUUGCAUUCGGGCCGAAUGGAAUCCAUGA